GGAAGUAGCCUGCAGCGCCGCCUUGUGUAGGCCCGGAUUGAAGCCGGCUGCUGGCUUGUGUAGCGGUGCCGGUUCUCUCCCCAGCACACGUGUUGUUUGUAGCCGGCAGGAUGAGUAGCCGGGUGUGUAAGAACUGCGGCUGUACGGACAUUGAUGUGGACGCGGCCCGGGGAGAUGCGGUGUGUACGGGAUGCGGGUCGGUGCUGGAGGACAAUAUCAUCGUAUCCGAGGUGCAGUUCGUGGAGAGCGCCGGAGGAGGAUCGUCCGCUGUGGGACAGUUCGUGUCUUCCGAGUGUAUGGGAAAAACUCCUUCACUUGGCACUGGAUUUCAUUCAAAUUUGGGAAAGGAGUCUCGUGCCCAGACACUUCAAAACGGGAAGAGACAAAUCCACAAUUUAGGGGUACAACUGCAACUCAACAAGCACUGUCUGGACACUGCCUUCAAUUUCUUCAAAAUGGCCGUCAGCAAGCACCUGACCCGUGGUAGGAAGAUGACACACGUUAUAGCCGCUUGUCUUUACUUGGUGUGUAGGACAGAAGGAACUCCACAUAUGUUACUUGAUCUCAGCGACCUUCUUCAGGUGAACGUCUAUGUCCUGGGGAAAACCUUUCUGCUGCUGGCCAGAGAGCUCUGCAUUAAUGCUCCAGCUAUAGAUCCUUGCCUGUACAUUCCACGUUUUGCACACUUGCUGGAGUUUGGGGAUAAGAACCAUGAAGUUUCUAUGACUGCACUGAGACUGGUCCAGAGAAUGAAGAGAGAUUGGAUGCACACUGGCCGGCGACCGUCGGGUCUCUGUGGUGCUGCUCUUCUGGUUGCAUCCAGAAUGCAUGAUUUCCGACGAACCAUUAAAGAAGUUAUUCGAGUGGUGAAAGUUUGUGAAUCAACGCUGCGGAAGAGGCUGACCGAAUUUGAAGACACCCCAACGAGCCAGUUGACAAUAGAUGAAUUUAUGAAGGUUGAUUUGGACCAGGAGUGUGACCCUCCUUCCUACACUGCAGGUCAGAAGAAGGAGCGUCUACAACAGCUCGAACAUGAACUGUCAAAAAAGCUGGAUGAUGUGGAAGGAGAGAUUACGACCUACCAGGAUGAAAUUGAGAAUGAGCUAGAAAACAGUAGGCCGAAAGCAAAAGGAAUCUACGCUUCUUACUGUAAAGAUGAUGUGGAAGACAGUCGAAGCACUUUGGAAUAUGAACAGGAGGAUGAGGAGCUGGAAGCAGCCGCCAGUCACCUAAAUAAAGAUUUUUACAAUGAACUUGCAGAGAGGGAUGAAUCGAAUUGUUAUGUCCCUACGAUAAAACCUCUUCCUAUAGAAUCUCUUCUGGGUCCACUGCCUACGGCUGCAAGCUUGGGGAUCACAGACUCUAUCAAAGAAUGUAUAGAUACUAAGGAGCAAGGAAAAGGUGACAACGCAGAAGAUGGAGAGCUGGAUCUUAAUGGGAUUGACGACAGUGAAAUAGACAGGUAUAUUCUCGAUGAGAAGGAAUCUGAAAUCAAGACAGAACUGUGGAUGAAGGAGAAUGCAGAGUACUUGCGGGAACAGAGGGAGAAAGAGGAGAGAAUCGCUAAAGAAAAAGAGCUUGGCAUUUAUAAGGAGCAGAAGCCAAAGAAGCCUUCCAAACGCAGAGCUCCUAUACAAGCCAGCACAGCUGGAGAGGCCAUUGAGAAGAUGCUGGAGCAGAAGAAAAUCUCCAGCAAGAUCAACUAUGAUGUGCUGAGGGACCUCAACAGCAAAGGUGGCAGCACUCCGAAACAUGAGAAGAGUGAGCAAGAGAUCAGCACCACAGAAAGCAAACUGUCCCACAGGAAAUCAGCAAUCAAAACCAUACCCCUUAACACAAAUAAAAGAAUGAGACCUCUGGUUUCUAUGCAACCAUCGAAGAAGGCAGCAACGGAACAGCAACCUACCGGGAUCACUGAGAGUCAGCCUAAUGUAUUGGUGGAGUCUGGGCCAGUCGCAUACAACCAUGAGGAUGAAGAGGAGGAGGAGGAAGAAGAGGAGGAGCACUGCGUAAGCGCACUUGAGUUAUUGGGGGGACGCGAUUAUGGCUGCGAGCUGGAUGACGACGACGGGUAUUGACCUUUGCGACAUGACCAAUUAUGGAGCUUGAUCAAUGAUCUUUGUAAUAUAUGGACUUGUAUCAAUGCUGUUCUGUGAUCAGCAUAAUUAUACAUAGUAGCUGGCGUUUUGUAAUGAAAUGGAUUUUACAAAAUGUUACUUUUGGUCAGUUGUCAAUGGCCGUUGACUCAUAACUGCUAUUUAUUGGGUUUAUAGUACUUGAAACUUUUGUUACUUUUUUUUUUCUUUAAUAAUAUUUCGCUGUAAUAAUUUUUUGAUACAUUUGUUCUUAGGAUUAAACCCAGCAAGCAUAGAGUAAAACGUAAUGUAUUGUUACACGUCUGCUUCCCUCAAGAGAAAUAGUUAAAGGGUAACUUCACUUUCGUGGGAAAA